UUAUAAUGAUUAUUUUAGUGUUUAUCCACAAUAUUAUAUUACAUUUGAUGAAUACUUACAUAUAAUGGAUGAUACUGCGUUAAUACCUUUAUCAAAAGACGGUUUUCAAAAAUUUAAACUCUCUUAUCCAAACAUCUAUGAAAUUAAUUAUGAAGAAUAUCAGGAAAAACUGGAAAAGCUAAAUUUACCAAAAAUGACGAAAACACAGUUUUAUUUAUUUAAAUGGAAGACUCCUAAGCCAUUUGAAGGACCUAAAACUUUUGAGAAUAGGAUGAAGAAUUUAUAUCCGGCUACUCAAAAUCUUACAGAAUUAUAUUCACUUUAUAUUCGUAUUUUUCCACAAUUAAGUAAUAGUUAUGAAGAAUAUAGACAAUACAUGGGAUUAAUGUGUAUAAAACCAAUGGACAUAAAUUAUUUUAAGUCAUACAAAAACUAUUUUCCCGAACACGAUGAAAAUGAUUAUCCAAAGUAUCAAAAUAGACUUAAUAUUCUUGGUACUCAAAAUAAAGAUACAUCUGAAUCAAAUUUUCUAUUGAUGGAGGAAUUUUCAAUGAAGGAAAACGAAUUUAAAACAUUUAAGUCCAGACUUCCAUCGGUACACGAACGGUAUAAAAACUAUGAACUCAGGAAUCAAGAUAUUGGUCCUUUAUGCGAAUUCGAAUUCAAUGAUUUAAAAUAUCAGUAUUCAGUAUCCUAUGAAAAUUACAUAGAACACGAACAAAGGAUGACCGAUUCAUUUAGAAAACCACUAUCUCUUGGGGUAUUUUCUGAAGAAAAGUCUAUGCGAGUUCUACUCGGUGAAAAUUAUUCGGAACAUUUUAAAAAAAUAACACAAAAAUAUGAAAGCUAUAUAGGAAAGUUAAACGAUUCAAAACAAAUUAUUGAGCAUAUGAAAUAUUUGGGUAUUGAAACACUUGAUGUAGACAAUUUUAUUGAACAUAAAUUGGCUUAUCCAUACAACUAUGGGACGUUCGAGAAAUUUUGUUCACUUAUGAUUUCUCAUAAUUGGAAAGGAACACCAGCCAUAACUGAAAUAUGGUUCACAAGAAUGAAGAUCUUGCGGCCAAAAUUGUGUGAUAAAUUUGAUGACUACAAUAAUAGAACAAGAAUUUAUGGUUUUCCCGAAAUGACAGAAAUUCAGUUUCAAAGAACUAAAUAUGAACAUUCAACACCUGGGGAGAGUACACAUGAUUUCUUACAAAGAUUAAAUAUCAAUGAUAAAAUAAAGCCAUACAUAAAAGAAAUACACUUAAAUUUCACACUUCUUUCUCCAAGAUAUUUUGAAAAUUAUCCCGCAUACUUAGACAGAGUUCGACAAUAUGAAGAGCUAAUGGAUUUUUCAGAGUUUAAAUGUUUCAUGGAAUAUUUACCAAAACUAGGAGAGGACCUGUUCACUUUCAAUAAUAGAAAUAAACCAUCAAAUUUUAAUGAACUGAAUUCAAAAUCAUUCGUGGCCUUGAAAUUAUAUAUAGCCAUAAACCAUUCAGACAUGAAUGUUAUGGAUUCAUUAAAAGUAAAUCCUGAUGAAUUCAUGAAAUAUAAAAGCAAGUUCCCAAGACAGUUUGAACUAUAUUAUGAUGCUUAUUACGACAGAAUAAUCAAAGAGGGUAUUACCGAAAUAUUCAACAAAGAAGAUUUUCAAUCAUUUAAAGCUGCUAAUUUUCCACUACCCCAUGAAGAUUAUAACCAACAUAGAGCAAACAUGAAAUCUAUAGGAUUUAAUAGUCUUCCGAAAGAUGUUUUUUAUUUUUUCAAAGGACUCUAUCCAAAUCUGUUUGCAACAACUUACCUCUAUCGAUCAAGCGAGAUAGUUACUCAAUUAUUGAAUCCUACCAAUUUUGACGACCCAAUAUAUAAGGAGAAUAUGACGAAGCCAAUAGUAAAAGAAAUUAUAGAAAGGUUUGACUCUUAUCAAGAAAUGGAAAAUAAAUAUGAAAAUUUAACACUUCAUUUUAUGACUAAUAAUCAAUUCGAAGAAUUCACGAUGUGUUUUCCAAAAUUAUUUGAGUCCUAUAACUCGUAUAAACUCAGUAUGCUAGAAACAACUUAUUUUCCUCCAAUUGAUGAAACUUAUGAUCAGUAUUUGAAAAGAAUGAAACAAUUACAAAAUAAUCAAUAUUUGAAUGCAAAAGAAUUUGAAGAAUUCACAUUAUAUUUUUCAUUUGGAGUCGUUUCUUCUGAUGAAUUUCAUUAUAAGUUGUUGAUGAAAAAACAAUUGAAUUAUAGAGAACCUUAUUUACCAUUUGUAUAUGCUUACUUUCCUAUGGUAUAUGAAAAUUAUAAUAUGUAUCGGGAACGAUUAAGGCAUUUAGAUCAUAAAUGUUUGGAUAAAGAACAGUACAACGCGUUCGUAAUGGAUUUCCCAGAUACACCGCUAUUUUAUUCUGCAUAUAAACACGAUUCUGAAUGUACAGUUUACUUUACACUAAUAGAUAAAAAUUAUAAGGAAUAUGAAGCGAGAAUGGCUAAGAAAAGUAUUAACGAUAUUUUAUCAGAGAACGACUACGAAGAAAAAAAAAAAAAUUAUUUUUCAUCAAUCUAUGAAAAAGAAUACGAUCAUUAUGUCCAAAGAAUAAAAAAUUUAGUGCAUAGAGCAAUGUUGAGUCGUGAUUUUCAAAAUUUUCAAAGCAUUGAAUUUCCAAGAGUAUUCAAACAGUACGAUGAAUUUCAGAUGAAUGUGUUGGAAAAAGGUGCUACUAAAGUAAUGAAUGAAGAAACUUAUAUUUUACUUACAAAUGCUUUCUUUCCACCAAUAUACGAAGACUCCGAAAAUUAUCAUAAAAGAAUGACAAUUCUAAAGAAUCAUGUCAUGUCGAAUGAAGAGUUUCAAGAAUUUACCAUUAAUUUUCCAUUAAUAUCAAAAUCUUACUAUGCGUAUAAGUCAUGUUUGCAACGCGCAGAUCGUCCGCAAAAAGCACGGAUCGGAGUAAUAUCGUUCAAUGAUGGUGCCUUAAAGAUUAUAGAUGAGACGUUAUUCAAUUCAAUUAAGAACGCUUACUUUCCAAAAAUGAAUGAAACCUAUGAAACAUACAGUAAAAGAAUGAUUUCGAUUGGAUUUAAUCCUUUGGCAAAAAAACAAUUCCAAGAUUGUAUUGAUGUAUAUCCAAAGCCAUCGCCACAUUUUAGUACUUACAUUAAGAAUCCAGAAACAACAAACAGGACUGAAAAAUCAAGUUCUAUAAUGAAUUAUAUUGAUACAGGCAUGAAGAAUAUAGGAUGUGUUCCUUUGAGUUAUCGUGCAUUUGACAAUUUUAGACAAACUAUCCCGAGAAUCUCACAAAGUUAUAAUGAUUAUUAUAAAAAUGUAAUAGAUAAGGGCUUCAUUUUAAUGCUCAAUAAAAACCAAUCUGAAGCAGUAAAAGAUGUUUUCUAUCCGAGAAUGACUGAAGAUUAUAAUGAAUACAAUAACAGACUGAAUAUAUUAGGAAUGAAUAUCAUAAAAGAAGAGGAUUACAAAUUGUACAAACAAACUUAUCCCAAAUUUUUUGAAAAUACUUAUGAAACAUACCUCAAACGAUUUUCUCAAGAAUCUCCCCACUUGAAUGAAGAAGAGUUUAAUAAUUUUUUAAAAAAUAGUCCAAGGCUUGUUGAAAACUAUGACAUGUAUUUAAAAAGAAGAAGAAAAGAAAUGCUUUAUACAAACCACGUAAUUGAAGAACAUUCUUAUCAAAUGUAUUAUGAAUUAAAGUAUGUUUUUAUGCCAGAUCAAUGUGAAACACUAGACACAUAUAUUAUGAAAAUAAAGUCAUUAAGUUUGAACGAAAAUCGAGAAAAUAUCAUGAAUUAUUACAUGGAAAUAAUGGAAUUAUAUCCAAGGUUUUUUGAAAGUUAUGAGGAUUAUUUACAACGUAUAAAUGAAUCGAUGAAACUUAUUCAUCUUAAAUUGAAUGAAACAGAGUUCCAUCUGUAUUUCUCAUCGUAUCCGAGACCUUUUGAAUCUUAUCACAUCUACGUGCACAGAAUGAGAGACCAAGAGUACGUGUUAACUAAAAAUCAAUUUAAUAAUUAUCGAAAAAUCUAUUCACGCAUACCUGAAAAUAUAGAAUCAUAUGUUGCAAGAUUAGAGACACUUGAGUUUUCGCUGCCAUCACAAUCUACCUCCUACUAA